CGUCUCUUCUAAAUCCCAAUGCUAUACAUGAACCAAUUUUUUGUAUAUUACUGAGGAAAAAAACAUAAACAAAAACCCUUGACCGAUCCAACUUAUUUUGCCUAUAGCAAAACAAAUUUGUUUCCAGGAACUCUUGCCAUAAACUCCACCAUCAACAAAUGGAUUGGUCUCCGAAACACGCUACAAAUGCAUAUUUUGAUGCCCUCAAAUUGGUAUAUAUAUAUAGGUGUUUAUAUCUUUUUUUUUCAAUCUCAAAUUCUUUUUUAUCAAUUUUUUCAAUGCAGGUCCAAUCUAUUGGACUCGAUUUUGAAUUUAAAUCCCCAUCAAAGAAAUCAUGUCAUGUGAAUUACAAUCAAUCUUGGAUGUUUAUUAAUUUAUUAUAUCCUUUUCCUUAUAAUUAUGGAUUUGUCUACUUAGCAUUCCUUUGCUGGAAAUGAUGUUUGUAUAAUUGUAGGUGCAAUAAGAAAUUCGAAGAAUCAUGAAUUAUGGUGUAUGUGGCACAGCCAAGAAGCCUAGCAGCUUGCGUGCGCAGAAGCCCGAGAGCAACGAGUUCAUCUCUGCAUUAGCAGCCGGGAUGAGUGCUAAACUAAUCGUGCAGGUGACAUCUGAGGUGUCCCCAUUCACGGUCGCCUUAGCAGCAGCUGCCCGGCAGACAGGGGGGAAGCUCGUCUGCAUCCUCCCCGAAUCCGAGCUGAUCAAGUCCCGGGAGACCAUCGAGGAAUUAGGCCUCAGUGACAUGGUGGAGUUCAAAACAGGGGACCCUGCUCAGGUGCUGCUCAACUAUGAGAGCGUCGACUUCUCUCUCGUGGACAGCAAGGCCAAUGACUAUGACCGGCUGCAGGAGUCGUUGGAUGUGAACCUGAAAAGAUCGGUAGUGGUGACUAGUAACCUGUUGGAUGGGGGGAAGGGGCUGGGAGGGUGCUUGAAACGGGUUGAGAGGGUCCGGUCCAUGACGCAUCCUAUUGGGAGGGGGAUGGAGGUUACGAUGAUUGGGAAGGGCAGCGGGUUUGGGAGGAGCAAGUCGGGGAGUUAUAGCGUUGGAAGGGAGGGGGGUGAGGUGAAGAUGGAUAAGAGCAAGUGGAUCUUCAAAGUGGAUCAAGUUAGUGGUGAGGAGCAUAUCUAUAGGAUGCCUAGAUCGAGGCCCGGGGCUGCACCGCAGUUGAGUUAGUUUUGAAGAAUCUUGGUUGCUUUUGUAGUGUGUUUCUUUGGGUUUGUGGAAAAGGUGAAUGUGGAGAUGAACUUGAGGGUUUUUGUGUUUUCUAGCUCUUGUAAACUAUGCUUGUGUUUUUUCUUUUGUAUAGUAAGUAUAGAAUGUUUUACCUCUCAUCUUGAAGAGAGUGAGUGGUAUGGUGUGAUUGAAACAUGAUAUGGAAAUGGCAGAGGCUAAUUAGAUGGAUUUGUACAAGUUAGCCAAGUGAUCAGUUUCAUAAUAAUGACAGUGAACCAGAGACUCUUAGUUUCACCUAA